AGGCAAGUGCACUACUGGUGAGCCACAACCCCAGCCCCUGAGGCUGGUUUUGAACUUGUGAUUCUGUUUCAACCUCUCAAGCCACUGGGAUUACAGGCAUGCUAUGUUACAAAUUUUAAAGUUAGAAGACAAAUGAUUUUUCAAUUAUUCCUUCAAUAAAGAUAAACAGUCCUUUGGGACAUGGCAGGUUACAUCUAGGAAUUGACUCUUGAGUUUUCUAGGUGUCAAAGAAGGGAAUAGUAUUUCAUACAGGAGGGUUAGCAUAUAUUGAGACUGUAGAUGUGAAGAUCCCACAUUUGGGGUUUACAGAGAGCAUGAAGUUGUAAUGAGGGAGAAAAGAGGUGAGAGCUUGGAUUGUAAACUUUGUUUUUGUCCACACUUUGUGAAUAGUGUGUCACAGACAUGGUUCCAAACAGUAGCCAAUGUAGCAGGUAUUACUUUAUUAUCCUCUAUAGAGGAUAGGAAAGAAGCACAGAAGCAAAUGCAAGUCAGUGUUCAAAUCCUGGUAGUCAAGGGAGGAGAGGGAUUCAAGAAUGAGGGAGUAAUUGAUGCAUUAAUGACAAAUUAAGGCUUCCUUAGAUAAGAGCUGAAAAUCCCCACUGGAUUUAUCAGAUCACUGGCAGGUUUAGCAAUUUCAAUUUUAAGUUAAAAGGUGUGUGUGUAUGUUACAUUAAAAUAGUUAGGAAAGUACCCAAAAAAGGAAAGGAUCAGGUAGUAGGUCCACAUUAGGGAAGCAGAAAUUUCAUGGUAUGACGGGCAGUGGAGUCAAAUCUGUAUUUGGAUGGCUCUGCCACUUUGUGUGAUGCUGAGUCAAAUGGUAAAUUGUCCAAGGAAGCCUCAGAUUAGGACUUAAGAUUUUUCAUAAAAUCAUCUUUCAUAAAGCCGUUGCAGGGUGGUUUUGAGGAUUAAAUGAGAUUAAUGUAUGUGAAGUCCCUGGAACAUGGUAGGUACUCUGUAAAAUGAAAUUAAGGUUGAGGGAUGGUUGGUUUGUAAAAAGAAUUUUUCUAGAUUGAGAAACCCAAAAUGAAUUUAGUUGAAUUCUAGAUUGAGGCCCAAAAUGAAGAGUCUAUAGGGAGAGGGAGGGAUUGAUCUGUGGUUUCACAACUGGUGAAACCUGCUGUCUGGUGCUCCCUUCUCAAAGGAGAAGUGACGCCAGAAUGUCGACUUGGAUGAAUACACACAGUGUAUGCUCAAGCAAAGUAUUCCUUUAGCGCUAAGUAUGCCUCCCAAGUGAUCUGGAAGGGGCUGCUGGAGACUGCGGAGUUACCUCCCGGUAACACUCCUUUGACGCAGAUACUCACCCUGGACACUCUGGCGACUCCAGAGCCGGCUAGAUUUUCUUAUCACAAGUGCAUGAUGGUCUGGAGGGAUUUCCUCUGCGUUGGCUUCGCUGGCUUCGCUGGGCGCCUCGCUGUGAGCGCCCGCAUCCCUUCCCCCACCACUGGAGACAAACCUGGCGGUGCUCUGCGCACGCUCCGGAGCCGAAGCCGCUCGGCGCCUCCUAGCAACCCGACGCCUAGGGAGAGGAAUGGCCUCAAUGGACCAAGCAGUUGUCACCGAAGCCUCCAGCGCAGCAUUAGAAGAUCUCGGGCGCGGAGAACCGAUAGUGUUUGUCAAGCCCCCGAAACCAAGCCAGAAGAGUUCCUCUUUUCAAAGAGAAAGCUGGUGGAGAAUAGCAUUAACAAAUACUCCUAUACCUGGCACUUAUCACUUGAAAACUUUUAUUGAAGAAUCCCUAUUAAAUCCAGUAGCAGCAACCUACAAUUUUAAAAAUGAAGGAAGGAAAAAGCCACCUCUUGUGCAAAGAAACAAUCCAGUCUUAAAUGAUCUUCCUCUGUACAUGCCUCCUGACUUCCUGGACCUGUUAAAGAAGCAAUCAGCCAGUUACUCCUUCAAAGACAAGCCCCGGCCCAGCCCCAGCACACUAGUUUACAAAGAUAAGUCACUCCACCUUUACCCAGGGCAAUACGAGAUUCUUCCUACACCAGUUCCCAAGUACGCUUCCAGGAGCUUUGUAUUCCGUUCUACAGUUCAAAGAUUCCCAACAAUCUACUUUACUCCUCGUGAAGGCCCAGGACCAGGUCACUAUAAUGUAAAAAUACCUUCACCAAGUUCCAUUACUUCUUGUUUUCAAUCCAGAGUACCCCGGUUCAAGCCCAGCUAUUCAAAAACCCCAGGCCCAGGAGCCUAUGUAUCUUCCAGACAGUUCCCUAAGCAGAACCCAACCAUAGCCAAGAUGGGCCGAGAACACAGCCUUUUCUUCAAUAACACGAUUGGCUAUUAAAAUAAAGUUGAUAUUGGUGCCAAACCA